AUGGAGCAUCACCAGCUGGACAAGUUGCAUAAAUCUGAAGCAUCAAAGCAAGUAUGCUGCGACGACCCGCUGGCGGCGCUGUACGGGCGGCUGGUGGCGCGCCUGGAGGCGCCGCUCCAGCUCCUGCUGCGGCAGGGCGCGCUGCUGGACGGCGCCCUGGAGGAGCUGGUGGCGCUCCUCUUCCCGCUGGCCUACGAGCGCGCGCUGGGCGGCGGCGGCGGCUCGCACCGCCUGGCGGCCGAGUACCGCGGGUGCCUGCGGAGGGCGGCGAAGGAGCUGCGGCCGGCGGGGGACGCGCCAAGACGCCUGGCCACUCCCCUGCAGCACGCCCUGCGGGCGGCCGGCGUGCUGAGGCAGGCGCUGCUGCCUGGGGCCCGCGUGCUCAGCAGCGCAGACUCGCUGCUCAACGGGCAGGGCGGGCCGACAGGUGCGUCCGCCGUCGCCAGCCCAGUUAAGCUGCACAGUGGGGCGGCGGCCGAGGCGCAGUGCCACGCGGCGCUGGUGCGCAUGUCUCACUGCUGGCGCUGCCGCGGGCUCCAUAGGCGCGUCCGCCCCUGCGCCGGGCUCUGCCUGAACGUGCUGCGCGGCUGCCUGACGCAGCGCGCCGCCGAGCUGGACCUGCCGUGGAACGGCUACGUCGAGGCGGCCGAGAGGCUGCUCGCCGCCGUCCAGGGCCGCGCCGCCCUCGACGACGUGCUGUGCGCGCUCGACGCACGCAUCGCUGAGGCGGCCGCGGCCGCCGUCGAGCGGAGCGCCACUCUGCAGCAACAGUACACGACGCAAGCCUCGUAUGGAACGCUGGAAGUGUGUAGAGUCCUCAGCACAGACGAAAUAUUUGUGGGACGCUCUGGCUGGUUGAGCUCUAACGGAGCGCGCUUCGAGGUUGUCACAGAGUGGCCUGGUCCCUGUGACCCUCUCGUUCCCGCCGCCUCCCUGCUGCUGCCUCUGCGUGCCUAA